AGUAUUAGGAUUGCACAACCAUGCACCUAGGAUAGUUGAUGUUCCUAUGGUUCAUUUAAGAAGAGCCAUUGGUAUAACUGGAACAAAACCUGGAAAUAUGUCCACCUCAGUUAGAGAAAUUUAUAACAGGGAAAUAGUUGAGAAUCCAGAAGGUGCAACAAACUACACCUAUUUACAAUCACAAAUGUGUGUAAAAAAAAUGCGUCGGCGCCGUCAUCCCAACAAUCCAUCUACAGUCGAAGAACUGAUAGAUACCUUAAGCCAGCAUCAAAACUCAGCAUAUGGAACAACAAUGCAGAAUCCGUCUUCAAAUUUUUUUCAACAACAAUUACCGUUUAUGGUAGAAGGCGAACGGGUUGGCGUCAUAUUCUCAAAUUUAGAUGCGAUUCAAAAAUAUAGAGAAGAACUACUAACUGUAACCUUUGCGGGAAUUGACGGCACAUUUAAAACGGUACCAAAAAGUCCACCACAGCUAACCAAAGGCUGUUUAUUAACAUUUCAAGUGGUUCUAAAAAAUGUAUCUUUUCCGAUGGUUUAUGCGCUGACUUCCCGAAUGACUCAAGCUACAUACGAGUCAUUCUUGAGGAUUGUUCGUGAGGUUUUGCCAUUGAAUUAUGCCCAGUUAACAAUCAUAUCUGAUUAUGAAAGGGGGUUAAUAAAUGCAGUAGAAUCAACCUUUCCUGAAAGCAGAUUUCAGGGUUGUUGGUUCCAUUACUGUCAAGCUAUUGUAAGGUAUUGUAGAAGAAGUCUAAAUAGUAUUUACCAUUUAUUCCAAUCGAAUCCUGAGGCAGCUACAAUAUUGCGCAUGAUCUUAGCUUUACCACAUUUACCUGCUCAAGUACAUCCCAAUUGUACAUUUACAAUACAUGAUGGAUUUUGGGUAAUUGUUGAAUUUGCCAAUCAAUAUCCGAAUAUUUAUCACCAGAUGGAAGUAUUUCUGAAUGGUUAUAUUCAGGAAUUUUGGCUUACACAAAUUGGCGCUGCCUCUAUAAGCGUCUAUGGUUCAGAUAUACGCACCAACAAUUACCUAGAGUCAUUUCAUGCUACGUUACUCAAUCAAAUGGGAAAACAUCCAAAUAUUUGGGAUUUUUUGCAAAAAUUGUUGUUGAUUGAAAAUCAAUUUUACGUUGAGAUGGACCAAGUUCGAAGAAAUCUAACAGUAAGAAAUCAUACAUCUAGAGUACAACGGUCAGAUGCUACUCGGAGGGUUAGAGAGUAUAUUGAUACUCUCAAUGCCAAUGGGAAUCUCUUAAUGUUUCUCCAAAGAGCAGGCCAUAUGAUGGAUGGGUAUCUACAUGGACAAGUUGGCCCACAGCCAUGAUAACCUGCGAAAAUAUUUUAUUUCAAAUUUUAUUAUUAUUUUUAUACAAUUUUUAUACUUUUAACAACUUUUUUAUGACAGAUUUAAUUAUUGACAAAUUAUAUAUUUAAUUUUUUACAUUUAUUGACAAAUUCAAUUAGUAGUGAAUAGUGAUGAAUGUAUUGAUUUUACAAUGACUAUUUUUUUUAUAGGUUUGUGUGUUUUAUUAUAUUUAUUAUAUAAUUAUAUACAAAUACAAUAAAUAUAAUAGGCGAUGAAUGUAUUGGUUUUACA